CAAACAUUCAACGGAAAAUAUUGCGUAAAACGUCAGCAGUAGUUUUUCAUUCAAAUAGUGAACAAUGCUAGUACCAUAGUAUCAGAUUGUUUUUAUUCGUUUUCAAUUUCCAAAAAGAUGCCAUCAUCAUGCACAGUGCCAGAUUGUGAGCUUAAAUACAACCAUUCAGAUGAUGUGUCGUACCACAAAUAUCCGCUAAAGAAACCCGACUUGCUAUUGCAAUGGAUUGCGUUUGCGGGACGAGGUCCUGAUUGGAUUCCGAACAAGUGGAGUGCGAUUUGCAGCCGUCAUUUCAAACCUAGCGACUUCAAGGAUUGCAUCUACAGAAAAAAUCUUAUAAGCACAGCAAUUCCUUCGGUUCGAAUAAAGCAUCAAACACCAAUUGCGGAACUGAUAGCGGGUAAAGAAGAAUCUGAAUUCCAUCAUGAGUCGCAUUCUGAAACUCAUGAAAUGGAAACCGAUCCGGAGGAUUUAUCCGGAGGAGAGGAGUCGCAACUUCUCGACAUGACUUGCCGACUGUGUGGCAUUGUAUUCAGCAAGUGGUGCCUGGGAUUGUUGUCGGAUUUUCAGCAACACGUAACCCUGAUCAUGAAAUGUUUGCCAUUCAUCAAUCUGGAUCUGGUACAAUUUCCGACCAAAGUUUGCGCCAAAUGUUUAAAAGUGUUGAAUGGAUUUUCAACCUUCCACGAUAACGUAGUGAAAGCUCAAAAUGAUCUGGAACGAAAGUACAAUGGUCUCUACGAGCAUUAUUCGGCGAAUGUUCCCACAGUGGAACCUUCCAAAGCCAUGAAAAUUAAGCAGGAGCCCCUGAUGAGCAUUAAAGAGGAAACCGUCGAUACGGCAGUGAAGAUUAGAGAUAAUAUGCAAGAGAUAGCGGAAAACACUCUGAUCAUCAAGAAUCCAAACAUUACCAACGAUAUAAAUAAGGUACUACUGUUCAACAAACAACCGGGCGAGGGUCAGUAUUCCAAGCAAACUCGUGAAUCGAAAAACUGCGAAAUUCUAGAAAUUGUAAAUCUUUACCCUCCGAUAGUGGACAUUACGAGUGCGACCAUUCGAGAGGUUCAACCUUAUGAAAUUACUUUGCCCUCGUCGCUGUCCAGUUUUAACCCGAUAGCGCCACAGAUUUUCAAUUUGAAAACGGAAAACACUACCGAAGCAGAAGAAAACUACGAGGACUAUACCGGAUAUUUCCAAGAUUUUUUGGCUGGUUUCAGUGCCUGGGAAGAGCAUAGCUACUCGAAGCUUCCAGUUCAGGCGGACGACAACAAAGACGAAGUUUUUCCGUCACAUCAAGAGCUUGAACCGUCCGACUCCAUCAACUUGGGCAAUUCGGGAACCGUUCGAGUAAUUCACGUCGAGCUUCCACCGGCGCCUCCAACAAGUUUGAAAUAUUUAUGUCCGCUGUGUGCGCAGCACAAGUUUCAGUCGCGAAGAAAGUUGCUAAAACAUCGAAUUCUGCUGUGUUCUGGUAGAAAAACAAACCCUUAUCGAUGCCUGUACUGUCUGCAAAAGUUUCCAUCGUCGUUCAAUAGACAGUCUCAUCUGACGACGUGUCGUCGUAGGACAUUUCAACGAUUACUCAGAUGUAGAAGAGCGAAAAAAGUUUUGCAGAGUAGACAAAUGAAGAAAUUCGAAAGCCGCACUCCUACGCCAGAUGAUGCUGGUUCAAAUGGUGUGCCACGGCCCCGACGGGUGGCUCGUCAUCAUUGUAAACUAUGUGAUAGGUCCUAUUCCCGAAUGUACAAUCUUAACCGACACAUGAGUAGUCAUCGGCCGGUGGAUCAGUGGAAUCAUAAAUGUGGAGUUUGUCAGAGGAUUUUCGACAAACUGUUCGAUCUGAAAAAACAUUUUCAGUUGUCGAAAUGCAUGGGCGGUACGGAUGUAGAUAAUAACGAGACAAAUUCCGUCAGUUUGGAUGAAUGCGGUGCGGCCGAGAAACCCCCUAGCGAUCGAUUGUUGUACGUCUGUUCCACAUGUGACAAACAAUUCAAGUCGUACAACAGUUUAAAAGUUCAUGAGAGCAUUCAUACGGGUUUAAAAAUAUUCGUCUGUGAAACUUGCGGGAAACGAUUCGGUGGUCAAGUCAAUCUGUCACAGCACAGGAUGACUCACGUCGACGUUAGGCAGUUUGCGUGUAAACUGUGUCCAAAGGUUUUCAAACGAACCGGCGGUCUUAAUCAGCACGUUAAGGCAUUCCAUAUGAAAAUCAAACCGUACCAGUGUACCGUUUGUCGAAGAGAUUUUGCCCUCAAAGCAGACAUGACUCGGUGUCGGCACUCGAAGCUAAAAGAGUUUACCUAGAAUUAUCAAAGCUAAAAUUUAGAUAUAGACUAAAAAACUGAUAGGUGGCACAACAGUUCAACAUAAACGGAAAGAAAGAUAAAAUUAAGAUUUUGAGCAAAAUGGCCUUAAAGUUAGUUGUACAGCACUAACCAAUACGGCCGGAAAAAUAAUGGCGCUUGAUUGUGUUACAGUAGCUCAUUCCAAUAAAUAAAUAAAAAAAGAAAGCUUUUCUUAUGUCCAAAAUGCAGAAAUGAAA